GCGGCGGCGGCUACCCCCAGCAGCAGCAAUACGGCCAGCAGCAAGGCUACAACCAGCAGGGCUACAAUCAGCAGCAGCCGCAAUACGGUCAACAGGACCACGGCUACGGCCAGCAGCAAGGCUACCCUCAGCAGGUUCGUCGACCCGGAUGACUUCAUUCCCGAGCGAUCCGCUCUCUCCUCGCCAACAUGCUAACGUGCGCCUCCAGCAACAAUACUCCCAGCCUCACCAAGGCUACAACGGGCCGCCCCAGGGCCACGGAGGCUAUCAGUCGGGUCCCCCUCAGCAGCCCAGCUACGCCUCCCACUCUCCCCAGCCCAGCUACAACUCCCCUCCGCCUGGCCAGCCCGCGUACGGCGCUCCUCCUCAGCAGCAGGGCCACGACCAGCGAGGAAGCUACCCGCCGCAGCAGGGCGGACACAACCCCCAAUAUGGCGCACAGCAGGGCUACCAGGGCCCCCCCGGCCAAUAUCCCGGCCAGCCAGGCCAGCCCGGUCAGGUCGGCCCUGAUGGCGAGCGAGGCCUCGGCGCCACCCUCGUCGGAGGCGGAGCCGCAGCGUGGGCCGCCCAUACUGCCGGAACCGGUCUGAUGGGCAGUCUCGGUGCCGCGGCAGCUGGUGCUAUCGGCGCCAAUGUUCUAGAGAACAAGAUGAAGAAGUGAGUUUUUCCGGAUACAUGCCGUAGCCCGAUUACUAACAAAUGCCACAGACACAAGAAGCCGAAGAAGAACAAGAAGUACAAGAGCAGAAGCGGUGGCGGCUCUAGCAGCAGCUCCAGCAGCGAUUCUGAUUAAUGACCGACAUAUGAUAAUGCCACUGGGAGUUUU